AUGUCUCUCGUUUUCAAAGCUCUGUUCGUUUCCGCAAUCGCGGGCGUCCUUGCGGCACCUACGCAGCUGGUAGCACGUCAAGAAGCCCCCCCGUCCGAGAUUAAGGCCUGGGAUGCCGGUGCUGUCUCGGAGUUCCAGAUUCACGAAAGCUGCAAUGUCACCCAGGCAACUCAGAUUGCAGCCGGUUUGGACGAAACCAUCUUGCUCGUCGAGCACGCCAAAGAGCAUGUCCUCCGGUUCGGCAACACCUCUGACAUCUAUCGUCGUUAUUUCGGGGACCGACCUCCCCAUGAAGUCAUCGGUGCCUAUGAGAUUAUCAUCCAUGGUGACAAGAAACGUGUCCUGUUCCGCUGUGAUAACCCCGACGGCAACUGCGAUAUUCCCACAUAUGCUGGCCACUGGCGUGGAGAGAAUGGCACCGACGAGACCGUCAUCUGCGACCUGAGUUAUCAGACACGCCGGUGGUUGAGUUCGAUGUGCGCACUUGGAUAUACUGUCGCUGACUCGCCUACCAACACAUUCUGGGCUUCCGAUUUGCUGCAUCGCCUUUACCAUGUGCCCGUCAUUGGCUGGGGACAUAUCGAGCAUUUCGCCGACGACUAUGAGGAAGUCGUCGAGCUUGCUGCUGGUGACACCCCCGAGUCCACGCAUGACAGCGAUACCUUGCAGUACUUUGCACUUGAGGUGUACGCGUUUGAUAUUGCCGUUCCAGGCGUUGGAUGUCUUGGUGGGGAAGGGUCUGGCGCAGCACCACCGCCACCAGCAACAACUAGCUCGCCAACGACGCCAGAAGCUCCGUCAUCAACGGCCCCUCCACAGGAAUGCCACACUCAUGAGGGAGGUGAUGUGCACUGCAGUUAG